CUAUUCGUCCGGCCGAUGAAGCGGAGGUAACAGGCGCCUGGAUGUGCGCUCUGGAUAAUGAAGACAAGAAAGUUCGCAGCAUUAUUUCUCUUGCUUGAGCUCCGCCCAGCGUGAGAAUCCCAAUUACCAGCCGGGACUCCGUAGCCCUCAGUGGGUACGUGGCUGUGGAAGUAGAAUAUGCCUUCUUCACGCUUGUCUCGUGAGGUUCAGAGCUUCAAUUUGCCGUCAUGGCGGCGAAAGAAACUGGCAGGCGAGCUAGGAAUUCCGACACGAGUGGUCAGCAUGCCAAGUAUUGGUGUGUCUGAGAAGCGACCAGAGACAUAUCAGAAGACUGUUCUGUCGGAUAGUCCGCAUAUUGUGUCCGUGGAGGCAUACGUAUCCACAAUAUGGGCGAGGCUUUGUACGGCCUCGAUCUCAAUGGAUUCUUUCGGUUAUUCAGGGGCAGGGUCGGUCAAUUUCCGACACUUUGACUUGGAUAGUGAUAGUAUUGCUCGGAAGAUACAGUGGCAUGUACAGGGUACUCAUAUCACUGCCAAAAGAUGGGUGCGACUAGAACAAAAGAUCAUCUAGAAGCUACCGAGGUUAGUUGCCAAGUUGAUCGUGAUUGAUA